GCAAACUACGCUCCAAAGCUUGUAGAGUGAUCGUCUACCCAUAAAGGUUUUUAAAUUCCAAAAAUACGCAAAUAUUUUCUAACAAUGAAUUCCUUCAUAACUGUUGCGCUCAUUCUCGUUUUCAGCGCUACCACAUUGUGCCAGCCACACGAUCCGGAAAUGCGCAAAAUUGUCGAGGAAUGUAAUAAGGAGCACAAUGUUUCGCCCAAGGACUUCCACGAGUUUAUGGAGGGCAAAUUGGCUACACCCUCGAAUGAUCUGAAAUGCAGCAUGCAAUGCGCCAUGGUCAAACAAGGCAUUAUGAACGAGUCUGGCACCUUCAAUGCGGAUGCAGCCAAAGCUAAAAUGCCCUCAGAUGCAAAGUUGGCUAGCGCUAUAGACGCUUGCAAGAAUGAGGCGGGCUCGUCGCCAUGUGAUACAGCUGCAAAAAUCACCCAAUGCCUAAUGGCACACAAAUAAAUUGGUUAGAAGUGCAGGCGAACGGGCAAUGUAAAACGCAAAAUUUUAGCGAAAUUGUUGAAUGUUCUUUGUUGGAGCUUUUGCUCAUUUAAGGUGGAGGUCUCUAUUUAUAAUUGCAUGUAAUUAUAUUGAACUUAUUUGAACAGCA